AUGACGGAGCAGCUACAGCAGGCCAAAACAGUGGUGCGGGACUUCGUGCUGGAAAUGCGAAUGGGCCGACGCAUGAUGGUGCUGUCGCCAAGUGGCCAGCUGAAGGCAACCACGUGCAGUUUGUCUGGAGACCUUUCGGUUUUCCGGAUCACCCGAGCAAGCCAGGUCAGGCGUGUCUGGCUGAAGAACAUAGCAGGUAUUUUCGCUGGCCAAGAGCCGGAGGGCUUGAGCACUCCUUUGGAUGACCUUUGCGCUACGAUGAUCAUGAGACCUUCGGGCGAGAUGAUCACAUUUCGCUUGGAGCACGUCAAUGCGCGUGACACGUUUGUCAUGUGCAUGAUGCUGUUUGCACAAUCACAAGGUGCUGAAAUAACUGGCUUACCUGGUGAAGCGCAAAGUGGCGAUGAAGAAGAUGGAGUAGAAUUGGUGGUAGAAGAAGCUCAGCUUUCUUCCGCAAUGGGAUCGCAUGCGUGA